CGAUGAUGAGGGAUGCAUCAGGAAACUGGAUGUUACAUCUAGUUGCACAAAAAGCACCUAUUGAGAGGCUCAAUCAAGUUCCUGGAGCAGCUCUCCAAAUGCAACGUAAGCUACUUUGGUAUAAGGAAGUGGAAAGUAUUACAUACUCCAUCAAUCGAAUAUAUCCAAACAACGAAGGGAAAACACCAAAAAUAUUAUUUGCAAAGGCGCAUAAAGACCUACUAAAAGAAGGAGCAGCAUGGAUGAAGGAUACAUCCACACAAUGCAUGGUGGUGGCAACACUUAUCACUACAGUUAUGUUUGUGGCAUUGUUUACUAUACCAGGUCAUAUAGGAAGAGGAGGAGGAGGAGGAGAUUACAUACAAGGCAAAUUUCCAAUAGUUUUUGUCAUAUCAAAUAUAGUGGCACUUUGCUCUUCGGUCGCUUCAAUGUUGAUGUUUCUAGCCAUUAUUACUUCACGAUAUGUGGAAGAAGACUUUUUGUUGACUUUGCCUCGGAUGUUGAUGUUGGGCCUUUUAUUUGUCUUAGUCUCUAUAGUGGGGAUGAUGAUAGCAUUUGUGGCAGCUAUCUUAUUUAUGCUUCAUUACGAUAUUUGUUUACAUGUCUUCUUUCCAAUUGUCUUACUAGCAAGUAUUCCAAUCACCAUAUAUGCUUUGGUGGAACUUCCCUUGUUCAUAUAAUUGAUGUUUACCACAUCCUCAUCACAUG